CACAACGCACCAAUCCAUACAGUGGCGCGCGGGGAAACUCAAGAAUUGGCUGAUGGAAAUAAAAUCACGACUGUCGACUGGCCGGAAAAUUCGCCAGACUUGAAUCCAAUUGAAACCAUUUGGAAGGUGUUGAAAGACAAU